AUGUGCGGGGAUCAUGGCGUGCGCAAGAACCCCGCAUGCCACCGCCGUCGAUCCAUCUCUAUCCUUAAUUCUUUCAAUUCCCAUGAUAGUUCAUUUUGGUAUUCCAACAUCAAAAGCCGUCCAGUCAUGUCGUCACAAAAGGUUUAUCUCGACCAUUUGCUUCUUCAAUUCAGCAAGAUCGAGUUCGAGUCGCCUUCGAAAUGGUUGACUGAUCACUUUACUAUCAUUGAGGGCGGUACUCAUGCGGGUGGUCUGAGUCGCAACAAAUUGAUCAUCUUCCCCGACGGCACUUAUCUGGAACUCCUAAACUGGAUCAACAAACCAGAAGAUUGGAGAGACCGACCGGGCGAUUUUGCGCUUACAUCUUUAGCACCAGUCUCGGCCGAAGAUAACCAUGACCGUAUAGUCAAAGCGCUGAAUACCAUCUCUGAUGAUAGCCUGGGGGUGACAUACUCACAGCCGAUCGAUGGAGGACGUCAGACGCCCAGUGGGGUUGAGAUUCGUUGGAAACUACUAAAGGCACUUUAUUCCGAUACAAAAUCAACUACGCCAGAUCUUCAUCCCAGAGGCCGCACAGAUGCACCCUUCUUCUGCCAUGAUGUCACGGACAGGGUUCUUCGCGUCCCGUAUGAUCAGUCUUCUAUCGUUGAUCACCCAUCAGGCGCGACGGGGAUUGCGGGCAUCGAGCUGCUCGUGCCUAAAGAUAAGCUGCAAUCCUAUGUGGCCACUUAUACGUGCAUAGUGGGAGCAUCCCCGCGCUUGUCCACUACCGAAGCGGAGUUCGAGCUCAGAGCGCCGGGUUCCCUAGAUUUCUCCGGGGUUCUUCGCAUUCGGGCUGCAACUUCGGAGAAUGAUGAUCAAUAUCUGCGGGAGAAAGGGAUUGGCAUUUCAUCUCUGAUAAUCCGAUCGAAAGCUAUCGGGGAUUUUCUCUUUCCUGUAUCAGAUUAUCUGCAUUGA